AUGGGCACGGAUGCGGCGGGUUUAGGGUCAAAAAAUUCGUUUGGAACAUCUGGGCCGGAGGCCCAACGAAAGUUGGGCAUAUAUAUCGUAUGGGAAUCGGGCCCGGAUGUUGCCGACGGAUUGUUCGUUUUGAUCGAACACACCGAAUUCGUGGGGUCACACCGCAUCCUUCCCGAGCGGCAACCGAGCGUGGCGUGUGUGUGCACGAGCUUUCCAGCACCCAGCACAGACUGGACCGGGUGCGCGAUGGAGCAUGCGAGUGCGGCCGACGACAGCGGCAGCGACGACGAACGACAUGCCCACCUACUUGUUCUUGCAGCAGCGAAGCGGAGACGUCGCGAGCGGCAACGCGCUGUGCUCACGAUGGCGACCUGGCGAGUUGUCCUGCGGUCCUUCCUAGAUGGCGACGAGUUGGAGGACGAAGGCCUUGGCGGUGGCUCCCCCGUGAAGCGUCCCCGCCGAGUUCUUCCACGGCCAGAAUACCGCGCCUCGUUUUGGUGGUGCAUGCUGGGCGAGACGGGCCUCAAGGAACCAGCGUCAAGAGACGCCAAGCUUUUUCGGAGGCGCUUCCGCAUCCCCUACCAGUUCUUCACCGAGCUCAUGGAGCUGGUCAAGAAGAAGUGGUUCCCCGUGCGCAAGAAAGGUGUGGCCGGGCGCAUGCGCAUCCCAGUCGAGCUGAAGGUGAUGUAUUAUUGA